AUGCAAUAGACAACAGAUUAUGAUGAAAUGCAGCAUUAUCUUAAACUGGCUUAGGAUGGUGACACCGAUGCACAAUUUAGAGUAGGUUUAAUGUUUGAAGAUGGAAAAGGGGCUUAAUAAAAUAUCUAAGAAUGUAUCCAAUGGUAUCAACUAGCUGCUACCAAACAUGCAUAAGCAGCAUACAAUCUAGCAUCCAUCUAUUAUUUAGGUAGAGUUGUAGCUCCUGAUUAUAAAAUUGCUCAUAAAUACUUUAGCAAAGCUGCUGAAUUAUAGAAUGAAUAAGGAAUGUUCUAACUAGGCUUGAUGCAUUUGUUUGGACAAGGAGUAGAACAAGAUUUUGAAAAAAGCAGAGCUUGGUUUGAAAGAGCUGCUAAACUAGGAUCAGUAUCAGCAAUGAACAACCUUGGUAACAUCUAUAGAUCUGGUAUUGGAACUCAUAUUCAAAUCGAAGAGGCCAAGAAAUACUAUCGAAUGGCAGCCGAUAAAGGGGAUCUUUGUGCUAUGACCAACUUGGCUACAGUAUUAUUGCAAACCAAUCAAACUGAAGCAUUCGAUUGGUACCUCUAGGCAGCCAAAGGUGGCUUUGAAAAUGCUUAGUACAAUCUAGCUGUCCUUUAUGAGGAAGGAACUGGAACUAAACUUAACUUAUAAUAGGCACUAUACUGGUAUAAGUAAGCAGCAUAAGCUGGUAAUAUUGAAGCCAAAGAAGCUGUCUCUCGUCUAAGUCCUAUAGUUCAAAAUUAAUAAUAAAAUGACAAGCAAUAAUAGGGUUAAAAUACAUAAUAAUCGUCUGCCAAAAAAGGUGGUUGUGGCUGUAUUGUAUUAUGA